AUGACGCAAGCGGCACUCCAGAAGAUGGGCCACAGAGUUGUUGACUGGAAAUCCAUCCAGCGCAGAUUGCUCAAAGAAGUGACGAUGGACAUCUUGAGCGCCACUUCUGCCGAAGACAUCAUGGUCACGACUUCUAACUAUGGUAUCGCCGCAUACCAGCUGUGGCAAGUGCAGAAGCUACGUCAACAUAUCCGAAAAGAAUAUCUAGAUUACUGGGAAGCAACUGCAUCAGAUGGUGGGAUAGGACGGCCUGUCGAUGCUAUCAUCUGUCCGGUCGCACCAUAUGCGGCACCUCCCCACGGGAAGAAAAGCUACACCAACUACAGCACCGUUUGGAAUGCACUCGACUAUCCCGCUGCGACUUUCCGUGUGACCACUGUGAACUCCACUCUUGAUGGGAAGGAGCUUCCUCAUGGUUUCUAUGAUGAUUUCGAGAAGACAUUUAUGAAAUGUACGGCCCCGGAAAUUUUCAAGGACGCUCCUGUCUCUUUGCAACUUGCCGGUCGGACUCAGAAGAAAGAGGCAGUGAUAAAAAUGACAGAAAUUGUCGAUGUGGCGCUGGCAGCGGCUAAAUAA